CUGAUCUCCCUGCACCCUUGGACAAUCAUGAUUGCGUGGAAGUGGUUAACUCCACCCUCCAAGUAAGACAAAAUUUGUCUGACGAGGCAUUGUCCAACCCAGAUCUGAUCCUUUUCACGGACGGGAGUUCCUUCUACCUUGAGGGAACGCGGUAUACAGGCUAUGCUGUUGUUAACCAAUGGGAACCAGUGGAAGCAGCCGCCCUCCCUGGUCGAUGGGGCGCGCAAGCAGCUGAAUUAUAUGCAUUGACCAGAGCCUGCCAAAUAGCAGAGGAUUGCGAGCCUUGUGGCGCACGGCCAGGUAUGCGCAAACGGUUCCGUUCGAAGAGCAAGUGCACCCUUUCCAGCCAGGUGAUUUCGUGUGGGCGAAAACGUUUGUCCGUCGCAGUCCGCUCCUGCCAAGAUUCAGCGGUCCUCACCAGGUUUUAUUAACUACCCAGACGGCAGUUUUCUUGGAAGGAAGGAAGUCUUGGAUUCAUCACGCACACGUAAAACCUGCCGUUGUAGACUUCAGCCCCGCAGAAGUACCGGACGUGCCACCCCAAGACGGACAAGGACUUGUGGACUCAGAGGACAGAAUUGUGCCAGCGUUACGCUUAAAAAGAGACCCCGUGACUGAUCUAUGGGCACCAGAGACUAUCCCUUUCUGCACAGCCAAAAUAUCAUGAACUAUUUUACGCCUCAGGACUGCGGGGUUCUCUAUUGUAUUCUUUGUGUACUUGUGCAACUGAGCCUUGUUUUCCCUCUGUGUUGUCCUGAUGGAAUAAAAAUAUGCACGAGGGAGGACUACAAACCUCCUCUCGCUGGGAUCCGAAAUGGGCUGCCAAAUCCGAAGGUAAUGGGUGAGUGUCCAGAUCCUUACCUUUACCAUGUGCUUUUAACUCAUAAUCAACCCUUCACUGUAGAAAUCGCAGGAUGGAAAACAAAGUGUCAGAAAGCAGCUGUAGUUUUUCAACACAGCCUCAAUGGCUUCCUGGUCACUCAGUGUGUGAGGGCAGACAUAGCAUGGGCCAUUUACUUGGCUGUAAAUUGUACACCAGCCACAGGUCUAACCAGAGCCUCAGCAUGCCCCACAUCACUGGACCCCAGAUCCGUUCUUCAAGAAUAUUCUGUUUUUACCUGUCGCAAUUUGGGAACAACAGCACCUAAGUUUUGCAUUGGGUUAGGGGAAUAUAAUUGUUAUAUCGCUUUGCAAAGGAGCCAGCUCAACCGGUUUGCUCCCCCGAGUCUAUCCGACUUAACUUCAAAGCCCUCUUUGGAGCCUCUCACUCCCCCAUCCCUCACACUUCAAGGGGAAAGCUGGAAAGCAAAUAUUUUUCUCUCUCUUUUGGAAGCCUCAGCCCCACAAAACGGAUCGUGUUACGUAUGCGCCCACACUCCCCCUCAUGGAGUUGCAGGGGUGCCCCUCAUAGGCAUGCCCCUAUCUUUAAAAGAAGUUUUAAGUUUUAAAAACUGGCAACCAGCUAAAGAAUUAGAUGGUCCUUUGGAUACCAGUGGGCCACUUCAGGGGGAAGUGUGUGUAAGUAGCAGCCCGCGCGCCAACAUGGGACUCUCCUGUAAAUUCAUUCUUAACCAGAGAAAGGGGGGCUCUUGGGGGGUUUUCAACAAUGCCCAGUUACUUAAUGCAGCAACCACAACUAAUGACACAUGGGUAUAGGCUUGGGCUACCCUCAUUCCCCAAGAUGCUCAGAGCCCUGACUUAUUCUCCUUUAUUUUUUCAUUAUACACCAAGCCCACUCCCCGAGGAUUAUGGUGGUUGUGCGGACAUAGGGCUCAGCGGAGGCUGCCAUCCCUAGUAAGAUGGACUUGCACUUUGGGAAGGGUUAUGCCUGGGAUUAGAACCACUCUUUCUCUCCCUACAGCCAGACACCGAAAUCGAAAAGACACAGGGGAGGCAGUGUUGAGAGGAUUUUUUCCACAUUAUGGGCAGCCCAAACCUAUCAAGACCUAAUUAAACUUUCUCAAGACUUUUAGGAUUUUUUAAAUGAUACCACAGCCUCAUUGCGAGAUUUGACUAACGAGCAGGGACAAAUUCGGACCAUAACUUUACAAAAUAGGUUAGGAAUUGAUUAUUUAUUGGCCAGCUCAGGGGGCAUUUGUUCUUUGAUUGGGAGUGAAUGUUGUACUUCAAUAACGGACCGGAAAGCUGAUGUUUUGCAACAUUUAAAUCACCUUAACACAGUUUACAACGACAUAGAAUGCAUCAAGACCUUUUCCUCCUUCCCAAGCCUCACGGAAUGGUUCAAGCAAUGGCCUAGCUGGCACCAAAUUUUACUUUACAUUUUUCUUGGAAUUUCAGGUCUGAUUUCCUUAUGCUGCUGUAUACAAUCUCUACCUAGCUUAUUCUCCCUCUUUUCAACUCUUGGAACUCAGUGCCUGAGAAGGCCCCCUUUACCUAAUGACUUUUCCCUUCACAGCCACUCUUUCACGCCUCGGAGUGACUUCUACUAGUAACAAUAAUGGUGCAGCUGUAACUCAAACAAGUCUUGUUUGAAUUUUAGCUGCAUAUCAGGGAAUUGUUAGGAAUAAAAUUAUUCCCGACCCCAAAAGUUUGCCCAGGGUUGUCAGGAGUGGUUUAAAGGAACCUACAUUUCUGUCAGAACCAAUGUUGCAAAGAUUUCUGGAACCCAGAGAAAUACAACUCAAAGUUCAGUUUCUUCCCUCAUGAGAAAAACCCCGAAGGCGCCUCUCUGACCGUAAACAUCUCUGUAAAAACGAGAUAACAUGUUUCUCUUCUGAUGUUAUUAUUUCACUCUGUCUUAAAGCCACUAUACUCUUCCUUCAACAUUGUAAACUAGGUCAGUACAAACAAGACAUUUUCUCAUAAUAUCUUAUGUUUCCUUAAGUUUUGCGCAAUAUUGCUGACUAUGCUAAGUCCAUAAGAAAGUUAGAAACAUUUUUUAUCUCUUUGGUGUCAAUCUGCCCCUUUUCCUCGCCUUCUUGUAGCUCUGACCUCACAACAAGUUUCCUUUUGACUGACAAGUGUAUAAAUACGUUAUCACAACUCUCGCCUUUUAGAAUCAAAAGCAAAUGUAACAAUAAUGAGCUAACGCGCUUACUUAUCUCUGUAAAGAUGUAAUAUUGUAUUUCCUUUGGGUAUGCCUUUUUAAUAACAUUCUGCUUUGUUUUGCUGUAAAA